CUCCUGUGCUCUGCCAGUGUCCGGCCGCAGGCCGGCCUUAGUGACUGGUGGCGGCGGGCCCGGGGCCGCGGGCGCGGGGCGGGCGGCGGGCGCGGGCUGCCUUCGUCUGGCCCCGAGCUCGCCUGGAGCGAGCAGCCGCCCGCGAGCCGCCGCGGAGCCUCCUCGCCCGCUCCCGCCGGCGAGCAAGAUGAUGUGCGAGGUCAUGCCGACCAUCAGUGAAGCAGAAGGCCCCCCAGGAGGAAGUGGAAGCCAUGGGUCCAGCUCCCCUUCACAGCCAGAUGCAGAUUCGCAUUUUGAACAGUUGAUGGUCUCCAUGCUGGAAGAGAGGGACCGUCUCCUUGACACUCUGAGAGAGACCCAAGAAACGCUGGCAUUAACCCAGGGGAAAUUACACGAGGUUGGUCACGAAAGAGACUCCUUGCAGAGGCAGCUCAAUACUGCACUUCCACAGGAGUUUGCAGCACUUACUAAAGAACUAAAUGUAUGCAGGGAACAGCUCCUUGAAAGAGAAGAAGAAAUCGCUGAACUGAAAGCGGAAAGGAACAACACCAGGCUGCUGCUGGAACAUCUGGAGUGCCUGGUCUCGCGGCACGAGCGGUCCCUCAGGAUGACGGUGGUGAAGCGGCAGGCGCAGUCCCCGGCAGGCGUGUCCAGCGAGGUGGAAGUGCUUAAAGCACUGAAGUCGCUCUUCGAGCACCACAAAGCCCUGGACGAGAAGGUGAGAGAACGGUUACGAGUAGCACUUGAAAGGUGUAGUUUGUUAGAAGAAGAAUUAGGUGCCACACAUAAAGAGCUAAUGAUUCUUAAAGAGCAGAAUAACGAGAAGAAGACACUCACGGACGGGGCGCUUGACGUAAACCACGAGCAGGAGAGCGCGCCGCGCGCGGACGGAGAGAGAUCUUCUGAUGGUUCUCUAAGCCACGAGGAAGACCUGGCUAAAGUGAUUGAGCUCCAGGAAAUCAUAGACAAGCAGUCAAGAGAGCAGGGCCAGAUGAAGGAGCGCCUGGCCGCCCUGUCUAGUCACGUGACAGAGCUGGAGGAGGGCCUGGACACGGCCAGAAAAGACCUCAUCAAAUCUGAGGAAGUGAACACGAAAUUGCAACGGGAUGUUCGCGAAGCCAUGGCCCAGAAGGAAGACAUGGAAGAGAGAGUCACUACUCUCGAGAAACGCUACCUCGCAGCACAGCGUGAAGCCACCUCUGUGCACGACCUCAACGAUAAACUGGAAAAUGAAAUUGCGAAUAAGGAGUCUAUGCAUCGACAGACGGAGGAUAAAAACCGCCAGUUGCAGGAGCGCCUGGAGCUGGCGGAGCAGAAGCUGCACCAGACCCUGCGGCGAGCUGAGACCCUCCCCGAGGUGGAGGCGGAGCUGGCCCAGCGCGCGGCCGCGCUCUCCAAGGCCGAAGAGAGACACGGCAACAUCGAGGAGAGGCUGCGCCAGAUGGAAGCCCAGCUGGAGGAGAAGCAUCAGGAGCUGCAGCGGGCAAGGCAGAGAGAAAAAAUGAAUGAAGAACACAAUAAACGUUUAUCAGACACUGUUGACAAGCUUCUUUCAGAAUCUAACGAGAGGCUUCAGCUUCAUCUUAAAGAGAGAAUGGCAGCUCUGGAAGAUAAGAAUUCCCUCCUGCGAGAAGUUGAAAAUGCAAAAAAGCAGUUAGAAGAAAUGCAACAUGAUAAGGAUCAGCUCGUACUAACCCUGGAAGCCUUGAGAGCUGAACUGGACCAGACGGGGCUGAGAGGGGCUCCCCUACACCACAGCCGACCCCACUUGGGCAGCGUCCCAGAUUUCAGGUUCCCCGUGGCAGACGGGCCCUCGGACUCCUUCAGCAGCAGCGCGGUGUUGCGACGCCCCCAGAAAGGCCGGCUGGCAGCGCUGCGCGACGAGCCUUCCAAGGUGCAGACGCUGAACGAGCAGGACUGGGAACGCGCCCAGCAAGCCAGCGUGCUGGCAAACGUGGCCCAGGCAUUCGAGAGCGACGUGGACGCGUCUGACGGCGAAGGCGACGGGGACAGCCUCUUCAGCCCGGCCACUCUGCUGUCGCCCGGCGGGCAGGCCGACGCCCAGACCCUGGCCAUGAUGCUGCAGGAGCAGUUAGACGCCAUCAACAAGGAGAUCCGGUUGAUACAAGAAGAGAAGGAGAGCACGGAGCAGCGGGCGGAGGAGAUUGAGAGCAGGGUGGGUGGCGGGAGUUUAGACGGCCUCGGUCGCUUCCGAUCAGCGAGCUCCGUCCCCCCGUACCCCGCUUCCUCUCGGGCCAGCUCUUCCCCUCCCGGUGGGGGCGGCGGCGGCAGCGGCGGCGGCGGUGGUGGCGGCGUCGGGCGCCCCGCCCCUCGGAGGGCCCCACGCAGCCCGGCGGCGGCGAGGGAAGCGGACAGGCUAGGCGUCAUGACUCUGCCUAGUGAUUUAAGGAAGCACCGUAGAAAGCUGCCAGCUUCCCGGGAAGAGGUGCGGGACGACAAGACGACCAUCAAAUGUGAAACCUCGCCCCCCUCCUCCCCGCGGUCCCUUCGGCUGGACCGGCUGCACACAGCCAGCCACGAGGACAUCAGGGACGCACGCAACUCGACAGGCUCGCAGGACGGCCCCGCGAGCAACCCCAGCAGUAGCAACAGCAGCCAGGACUCGCUGCACAAAGCCCCCAAGAAGAAGGGCAUCAAGUCCUCUAUCGGCCGCUUGUUCGGCAAGAGAGAAAAGGGCCGGCCUGGAGCCCUUGGCAAGGAAUCGCCGGGACAAGCUAUUAUUUCAGAGGCAGAAAACUCAUCUCAGGAUGCCUUGGGACUCAGCAAAUUGGGAGGACAGGCUGAAAAAAAUCGUAAACUUCAAAAAAAGCAUGAACUGCUCGAAGAAGCCCGGAGACAAGGCUUACCCUUUGCACAGUGGGACGGGCCGACUGUUGUCGUCUGGCUGGAGCUCUGGGUCGGGAUGCCGGCCUGGUACGUGGCUGCUUGCCGAGCCAACGUGAAGAGCGGGGCCAUCAUGUCCGCCCUGUCGGACACGGAGAUCCAGCGUGAGAUCGGCAUCAGCAACCCUCUGCACCGGCUGAAGCUGAGGCUGGCGAUUCAGGAGAUCAUGUCCCUGACAAGUCCGUCAGCCCCUCCUACGUCAAGAACGACACUGGCAUACGGGGACAUGAACCACGAGUGGAUCGGCAACGAGUGGCUGCCCAGCCUGGGCCUCCCGCAGUACCGGAGCUACUUCAUGGAGUGCCUCGUGGACGCGCGGAUGCUGGACCACUUGACCAAGAAAGACCUUCGUGGGCAGCUGAAAAUGGUUGAUAGUUUUCACAGAAACAGUUUCCAGUGUGGAAUUAUGUGCCUGCGAAGGUUAAAUUAUGACCGGAAAGAACUGGAAAGAAAAAGAGAAGAAAGCCAGAAUGAACUAAAAGAUGUGCUUGUUUGGAGCAACGAUCGAGUGAUUCGCUGGAUCCUCUCCAUUGGUCUCAAGGAAUACGCAAACAAUCUCGUAGAGAGUGGUGUGCACGGCGCCCUUCUGGCCUUAGACGAAACCUUCGACUUCAACGCGCUGGCCCUCUUGUUACAGAUCCCUACGCAGAACACACAGGCUCGUGCUGUCUUGGAAAGAGAGUUUAACAACCUUUUGGUCAUGGGGACUGACAGAAGGUUCGAUGAAGAUGAUGAUAAAAGCUUUAGGAGAGCACCUUCUUGGAGAAAAAAAUUUAGACCAAAGGAUGUUCGUGGCUUAGCUGCUGGGUCAGCAGAGACUCUCCCCGCAAACUUCCGGGUCCCGUCCUCUCUGUCCUCGCCCUCUGUACAGCCAAAGAAGAUGCAGUUGGACGGCAGCGUGGCGGGAGCGCAGAGGCUGGACUCCGCUGCAGUCAGGACUUACUCCUGCUGAGCCUCCGCGGUUUACCCACACUACUUCUACAGAUGAUUAUGCAGCAUUUUGAAUCCAGCGAAGACUACAUUUUGAGCUCAAUGGAAUCUUUAAUCUGUUAAUACUUGUUAUAUGGGCCCUAAGAUAUUUUAUUACAGAGUUUUUAAUUAGUGAAAAAUUCAUGAAUACCAUAGAGAAAAUAUUUUAGAAUUUAAUGUUUCUUAUAUUUAUGUAAACUUAUGACUUCAUUUAUAUAGUUACUUACUUUUCCAUGUAUAUCCAGGCUAUAAAUAUCCUUUCAGAUCAAUUCAUGUUCUUAUAUCCGAUUUUAGUCUUUCAAAGGAAUGUACUGUAAUGCUUGUAUGUAUAAAUCCUGUGAACAAAUAUAGGGCUUUUGUAAAUUAUGCAUUUAUUGUAAUUAUUCUUGUUUAAUUUUUUAAUGAUAAACCAUGACAGAGAAAAGGAUUUUACCGCGUUUGUAAAAUCAUCAUGACACAGUGUGCAUUAUCCUUUACAAAAUGUAACCUAGCCCUACAACAAUCAUUUUGAAAGAAGCCAACUUACUUUCAAGCAAUUGUUGUUGUAUUUUAAUGACUGACCUUAGCUAUACUUUUUCUAGCAAGAAAUGCUUUACUCUGUAGCGUGAAGAGAUUAAAAAUACGGGGUGUUAAAUAUCAGCUUCUAAUCAAAUUUGGACUGAAAGGAUCAUUAGAACACUAUGAAAAUCUCUUAGGACCGGUGAACUCUUCCAUAGCCUGGUCUCUGUGCAUCCGG